GAGCGGUUCUUGGCCCGUUCCGAGCCGUCCCCGUGCGUUCUCACCCCCCUCGUCCCCCCCAGCAGCCCCGGCCAUGGCGAGCAACGUGACGAACAAGACGGACCCGCGGUCGCUGAACUCGCGCGUGUUCAUCGGGAACCUGAACACGCUGGUGGUGAAGAAGAGCGACGUGGAGGCCAUUUUCGCCAAGUACGGCAAGAUCGUCGGCUGCUCCGUGCACAAGGGCUUCGCCUUCGUCCAGUACGUCAACGAGCGCAACGCCCGCGCCGCCGUCGCCGGCGAGGACGGCAGGAUGAUCGCCGGGCAGGUCUUGGACAUCAACCUGGCGGCCGAGCCGAAGGUGAACCGGGGCAAGGCGGGGGUGAAGCGCUCGGCGGCCGAGAUGUACGGGUCA